UCGUUGUGAUGCCAGUGGAAUAACAUGUCCCGACCCGUUAAACAGUCUCUGCGCACAUGUAGAUGCCCUGUUUUUAUUCCAGCCAGUGGGAGGGAGGAGGCGACUGCGCAUCUUGCUGUUCGCUCCCACUGUUUUUUUAGGGAAUGUGUCUGACAGCCCAUUUUUUUCCCCACAAGGCUGAGUCUAAGCUGCAGAAGGUUCAGCGACGCUCCCGACGGCUGUCUGGAUAUUUUACUGCUGAACGGACUUGGGAAGAAUGACGUCUCCCUCAACAAGCUUCGCUGCAAACUUCAGCUCUGUGGCCGCACACGGACACCAGAACCAGGCAAAUGCCACUGGAUGUCCCAUAGGGAAAACAGAGGACUGGGUUUACACCGCGCUGGAAGCGAACAUCCUGGUGAUCUCCGCGCUGGGAAUCGGGCUGAACCUCUUCGUCCUGAGCGUCUUCUGCUGCCACAGGAAGCGAUGCACCGUGGCCGAGCUCUACCUGAGCAACCUGGCGGCCGCCGACCUGCUCCUCAUGUCCUUCUUGCCCUUCUGGGCCGUCAGCGCCGGGAACAGGUUCGCCUGGGCGUUCGGCGGAGCCCUGUGCCGCGUGGUGAACCUCUCCAUCGUCAUGAACGUGUACUGCAGCAUCUACUUCCUGGUUCUGGUCAGCAUGGACCGCUACUGGGCGCUGGUGAAGCCGCUGUCCAGUGAGAAAAUGCGUUCAGCAAAGUUUGCCAAACUGGGCUGUGUGCUGGUUUGGGGCGGAGGUCUGCUGCUGAGCGUCCCCACCAUCAUCUACAGAGAAACCACAACUUACCCUCAUUUAAAUCAAACAUACUGCUCUUUUUCUUCAGAGGUACAGCUGGGGUUUGAGGUGAUGUUGUCUGCAUUCAGCUUCAUCAUUCCCCUCCCCAUUAUUUCCUUCUGCACUUGGAAGAUCCUCCAAGCUCUGAAUAAGCGGUUAAGAAGGGCGUCAAAGCCUCAGCAAAAGGAGCACAAGGCCACCAGGCUGAUCCUGGCCGUGCUGCUGGCCUUCCUGCUCUGCUGGGUGCCGUUCCACCUGGUGAGGAUCAUAGAGCUGCUCUACAGGCUCAAAGUGUUGAAGGAGUGCACGCUCAGGGCUGCAUUAGGGGUCUGCAGGCAGGUCUUCAUGAACCUGGCCUAUUUCAACAGCGUCCUCAACCCCAUCCUCUACGUCAUCAUGGGGGGAAACUUCAGGAAGAAAGCGAGGGAGCUCUUCUUGUCACCAGCCAGGACGAUGAGUAUUAGAACAGGUAACUCCAGUCUAAACUCCAAGGGCACGUUCCGAUUAAGAAGUGCGAGACUCAAGAACAUUUUGAGUUGACUCCUGGAGCGUUUGUCUGCAUAGACUUCACAGCAAAUCUAUUAUGUGACAUGCAUCCACUUACAUCAUUUAGAUAUAGAUAUAGUCGGCCAUUACAGACUAUUUAUGCUAUGAACAUGUUUGCAUAAGCAGAUAAACUAAAUACAAUGCAUGACUGCACGAUCCAUGUUCAAAGAUGCAUAUAUGAAUAUGUUGGUGUCAAUAUCAGUAUGUGCAGGAGUGAAAUUAACACAUUACAUCACUCUCAGGUUUGUUUUCAUUUCCUUUUCAUUUAUAACUGUAAGCUGUUAUUUUAAUGCAUGCAAGAAGUUGUGGUGAAGAGAAUGUCGUAGACAACAGUAUGUUAUUUAUUCAUAUUAUAAAAUCAUUACAUUUUUUGGUUGUUUCCUCUUAGUACUGUACUUCCUGUUUGGGCCUUUCUUCAUAAACUAGAGGUUUUUGUUGUAAAAUUACUCAACCAAUCUGUCCUGUAUGUUGCUUCCUGUUAUAUCUUCUCAGGUUUCCUUUAAGUAGUUUGCGGAAAAGUCUGAUUUAUUUAUAAUGAUGACGACGAUUGAGGAAUUUCUGUUUUGCAGUUUAAGGUGAAGAGUGUUUUUCGUCUCUGUGGUUUUUCAUGUCCGACUUUGUCUCAAAUUAUCGUCAUGCUCCUCUUCAGCAAAGUGAAUCAUUCCUCUGACUCAAUAAACACUGUGCCGCCUUAAUUCCUCGCUGCUGUUGAGAAAACGCUGAACGCUGAUGUCGCCUUCAGUUUCAUCUCUUUCUACUGCACUGAACAGAAAAGAGCUUUUUGUUUGACUGUCGAGUUAAAUCUUCACCUGAAUGAUGGAACACGUCUUCAAACAACUAUAGCACUUGGUACUUCAAAUUGCAGAAGUUUAAUGGGUGCAUAAUAACAUAAUGGAAGUAAUGUACAAAAGAAAUGGAGACUGACUUUGGUUUCCUGUUAAACAGCAUCAUAAAUAUGACACUUUAAUGGAACUGUAAAGCUCUGAUGCCCAGCUCCACUCUCAUAUCUGUCUUUUGAUAGGUUUAAUGCAAAACAUCCAAAAAAAUGCAAAGUUAUGCAAAUGAAGUUCCAUCAGCUGUAUAAUUUAAAAGCUGGGAGGAGAUGCAAAUAAACAAAUGAAAUGUGUCGGAGUGGGACCCCAUCACACGUUCUUUAUUCCCGGAAGUGAAAAGAAAACUGAAAUAUCUCAUAUAACUAAUAAUUAAGGAUUAAAAAUGUAAAGGUCACAUGAUGCAGUACAGACUGAACAUUUCAUUGCUCUGUUGUAUUAAUAAAGAGGACGUUAUUGGAA